AUGGCACUUCUGUCCCUUCGAGGCGAGCCCCCAAGCGUCCUGCAAGGCAAGUACAGCGUAGAGAUAGAGGGCGAUUUCGUGGUCUUCGUCAUUGGCAUCUACCUGCAGCCGGGCGCAUGGCUUUGGAGGCUGGGCACCAUCUUCCGCGCGGGGCGCGCCAUGGAUGCAAUGAAGAGGGAGCUCUCCGAGCACCCCGAGUACGGCUGCAUGCUGGUCAACCACACCAGCGCCCGCACAAACCCGACGCACCUCGUGCAGAUCUGGCGCAGCUACGAUCACCUGGCAGACUACGCCCGCAACCGCAUGGCCAAGCACCUCGGCCCCUGGCUACAGUGGAAUGUGGAGGCAAAGGGAUUCAAAGGCGCCCAAAUCCCUGGUGUCGGCAUCUUCCACGAGGCCUACCUGGUCAGCAACUACGAAGCCAUAUACCGCAACAUGCCACGGUCAGGGCUGGCCAAGAUCGGCAAGCUCGUCAGCGCCUCGCACGGGCGCCUGCGGACCGGCAAGGGUCGGCUCAACCAGACCAACGGCGACGACCACGCCGCGAUCCAGUGA